AUGUCAUCUUCAGAUAUCUUUGAUGUACUCAAUAUCAAACAAAAAUCUAAAAGUCCAAGUAAUGGCGUGGUAUCAGUACCCUCGUCCUCGGCAGGUAACCGAGCCAAGCCUCAAGUGACGGGUAUGCAAAGGGAACUAUUCAAUUUGCUGGGAGAAAAUCAACCCCCCGUUGUUAUUCAAUCUGGAAAUAACUUCAAAGAGAAAAUGCUUUCGACGUCCAAACCAUCUCCUUGGUCGUUUGUACAGUUCAAAGCUAAUAAUUUUGUGACCUUGCGUCAUUGGGUCAAGGGUUCCAAAGAACUAAUAGGAGAUGAACCAAAAGAAUCGGCGUAUUCUAAAUUUAAUGAGCAUUUAUCUAUUCCAUCAUUUACUAAAGAAGAGUACUCGGCUUUCAUGAACGAGACAACUCAAGAAAGCAAGGAAGAUGAAAAAAACCCAAAUGACAGCGUUACAGAUGAAAAGAAGGAAGAUAGUAAUAAUAACUGGUCAUUUGAAGAGACAGAAUAUUUGUUCAAACUUUGCAAAAAGUAUGAUUUACGUUGGUUCCUGAUCGUUGACAGGUAUAACUAUAAUGAAUCAAGAACACUUGAAGAUCUCAAAGAACAAUUUUACCGUAUCUGUAGGAAUUACUUCAAGGCAAGUAAUCCCAGCAAUCCACUUCUAUCUUCUUUAAAUUUCUCCGCUGAGAAAGAGAUAGAGAGGAAGAAAUAUUUACAGCGGCUCCUUUCUCGCUCUGCAGCUGAAAUUGCUGAAGAGGAAGCACUGGUAGUCGAGUCAAAAAAAUUUGAAAUGGCUGCGAAGAGAACGUUAGCAGAAAGAGAAUCACUGCUCAGGCUAUUAGAUUCCCCACAUUCGGACCAGACAGUUACUCAAUACCUUACAUCUCAGGGAAUGUCACAGUUAUAUAAUACACUUCUAGCAGACAAAACUAGAAAGCGUAAGCACGAUUUGAACAUCCCUGAAAAUCCCUGGAUGAAGCAACAACAGCAGUUUGCUCAACAUAGACAACUUCAACAAAUGAGUAUGAAAAAAUCCGAAGUCAAGGAAAAUAUCUCUCCUAAGAAAACAAAAAGACAAAGGCAAGAGAUGCAAACGGCGCUCAAAAGAAAGUCUGAAAGUGCAUACGCUGAACAAUUAUUGAAGGAUUUUAAUUCUGACGAAAGGAAGGCCCUGGGUGUGAUCACGCAUGGCGAAAAGCUAUCGCCCGGUGUGUACUUAAGAUCAACAAAAUUAUCAACGUUUAAGCCUGCGUUACAAAAUAAAAUUCUUUCCAUCCUUCAAGAGCUUUCUUUACCUUCUCGCCCUGUGAUGCCUUCAUGUGACGUAAUGGAAAAGCAAGAAGAACUUUUGAAAAAAAUCAAUACCCUUAUCGACUUAAAAAAACAUGUCGACAAAUUCGAGGUUGGCAUGUCUAUUACCAAAUGA